ACUGGAGCCAGCAAAGGCUAUGCAUUCAUGGAGUUUGAGUCUGAUGAUGUGGCCAAGAUUGUUGCAGACACAAUGAACAACUACCUGUUCUCUGAGAGACUGCUGAAGUGUCAGUUCGUGCCUCCCGAGAAGGUGCACGAGAGCCUGUUCCAAGGCUGUGACAGGAUGUUUCGGCAGCCCUCGCAGCCGGCCGUGCGGCGCUACAACCGCGUGCGCUCCCUGCUGGAGAAGGCCAGGAUGACGCAGCGCCUGCUGAGGAAGGAGAGGCUCUUACGGAAGAAGCUGGCUGAGAAGGGGCUGGACUAUGACUUCCCAGGAUUUGCUGCACAGGCACUUUCCAAAAAGAGGAAAAAAGUUAAAACAUCCAAGAAACGAAAUCUGAACAUUUCUUUGAGCAGCCAGGAUCCUACUCCAGUGUGUACUCCAGCAGUGCUCGAGCGCCGGAAAGCUGCUCGGAUGGAUGAUGACACAGAGGAUGAUGAAGUAACACUCAGGCUUCCCUCUGCCAGCGGUAAGAAUGCUGUGCAGAGACCAAAGAAGCAGCCAAGGCAAAGGCCAAGCCUGAAGAAACAGAAACAGACUUAAAAUUGUUAUGCAUGUAGCCAUAUUUUUCUCAACUAUAAAAACUUCUGAGGUGGAGCUUCUACUGGGUCUGCUGCCCUGGCUUGGUCCAUCCUGCCUAGACUGUUUCAGGCUUUCCUAGGCAAGGACUCUGUUCACAAAUCCUGUCCCUGUGGUUUAGCCAUCAAGGGACAUAGGAAGAUAUCCUUGACUUUGUGCUCACAAGUGCCCGUGCUGUGACACAGCUACAAUAGUCCACAAUCUCCAGUUAAUUUUAUAACUCGUGUCUAGAACUCACUGUUUGGAAAGAAAAUGUGAGGCUGUCCAUUCAGAGUUGGCUAAUGCAAGCAACUUUGUCUUAAAUUUAUAAUUAAUGACAGGUUAUUAAAGAAAUUACCAUUUUUCAACUUUC